AGUUCAACCUGUUCAAAUAAUAAAACUUCAUCAAAUAAUUAAAUUUAAAAUUAAAAUGAAAUUUCUGCUAAUAUUCCAAUUAGAACAGCAAUUCUCGAGCAUUAUUUCGCACGAUUCAUUUCAUCCCUAAAACUGCGUCUCACUCCAACGUUUGUUAAGUGGAAACGCAGUUAUCAUUUUGUGAGAAUAAUGACCUUUUAUCGAUUUCUGCUGCUGUUUUAGUUCGGGGUGUGACCGAAAGUUGAAACAGUCUGGUUCAGGGGUAAUUCACGAGGGUAGUACCGACUGCUGAGUAUUCUCGUAAUCACAGCCUAACACUCAGGUUCGCGGUUCGUGCAAUUUUCCAGCGAACGCUACUACGUUUUUCGUGAAACGAGGUUACUUCGCCUUUACCUGGUCGGUCAUCGCACUCGGAUUUAGUGUAUCAUUGGGUCAAUUGUUGUUGUUAUUUCGCAAAUUCGGCCACAUUUUCACCCAAUUAUUAUGAGUAAAUAAUAUUCACGUCGUCGUGUAAAUCUUUCGAAUUACUUAUUCGUCCGAUUCAGUAUGGAAAAAGCUCUGCCUUAUAAGAUCGUCGACAGCAGUGGCCAAAAUAGAUACGGUGUCGUUGUCACGUCUUUGCACGGAUUGAUUAAAAAAGCUCAUGAAAAAUUCGGCGCAUCUCCCGGAAUGAAAAUCGUACUGGAAAGCGAUGGAACCGAAGUCGACGAAGAAGAAUACUUUAGCACACUGGAACAAAACACAUGCUUCAUGAUUUUAAAAGAAAACGAAGACUGGGUACCUCCCUCUCAGUAUAAUUAUUUGAAAAAAUACAACAACAAAGACGAAGUAGACUACUCCAAUAAUCAAGAUCUGGUGCAUCUUUUGGAACGUAUACGUAACGACGCUGGUCAACUUUCAAUGCUCGGCGGUAAAGAAUUGGAAUUGCUUUCCGAUAUGGAUCCCGAAAGUUUAAGCGAUAUAAUACAAGACAAAGAAUGGCUAGUAGAAGUGAAAGAAGCGAGCAGUAGAUACAACGAAGACAGACGUGAUGCGAAAGAAGCGCUGAAAUUAUUGAAAAUCUACCACCAAGCUACCAAUAGCAUGAUUCAAAGAGGUUACGCGAAUGUCACAUCGACCGGCACAUCGGCCAACGAAGCUGUACAAUAAUUUGAUUUCAGUUUUAUUAUUACUAUUUUUAUUAAUUUUUUUCCACGAUACGCUGUCACCCAUGUAAGUAAUUUAAUUUUGUCGUUUUUUUUUUCGUUCGUUCGUUUUCCCUCUAAAUUCUCCAUUUCCCGGUUAUUUUUUUACUUUUCCAAUUGGUUUUAUAUUUAAAUUUUCUACACAGUCUUUUCCCCACAAAUUCAUCAUAUCAUUUCGAUAACUAAAAACUCCAAAAUGUACGAGCACGAAAUGGAAAUAUGAAAUUGAUGUACCGUAAGCAGUUUUGUUCAAAAUCUUUCCGAAAUGGGUCUUAGUGUAAUCGAUUUUUAAUUUUUUCGUUUGCGAAUAAAUCACUUAUACAUAACUUUCGUAGGUACUUAGUUGUAGAGUCAAGUGUGGCUUUCGUCGAUCGUAAUUUAUUCGUCGCAAGUAACCGUACGUCGUGUCGCGUCGUUCAACAGUACGUACUUAUAGAAUAAUAUUAGUAACGCGGGUCAUUUUUCUUUAAGUAGGUACGAAUAAAUUGAAAACGUGGCUAUAAUAUGUUAUUAAUAUUCGAACAAUUUUUUAAAAUCAAAACAUCCGCACGGUAUUUUUCUUAUAAAUUGAGUUUUGAAGUCGGGUAAAGCUUGUCUUUAGUCUGUUCAAAGUUCGAAUAACGCGCUGAUAAAAGUUGUAGUAACUUUUUUCAUCGAAAAAUGCCUCGCAAAUAUAAUCUUUAUUCCGACCAUCGUUCUUAAAUAAAUAAAACAGUAAAAUCUGUUGGCUCGAUAUCGAAUAUUGUCAAUUGGACGACUUCGCGUUCCAUAAUUAUAUAAUAAAUCCCAAACGAGAACCGAGAGAACCGAGAACCGUUCAUCAUUCGAGUUCUUUAAGCUCAACAGAAUUUUAUACGAGCGUAUUUUCAGCUCAUCAUUGCUCAUUCUAUCACUCACCUGAGCUUUUUAAUUUUUACGUCAUGUCUCAUGUUCCUUUCUUUCGAAAGCACACAGAUUACGCGAUUCAAUUCGAUUCGAUUGUGUCUUGUGUAACAAUGUGGCACGAAAAAGCAAAAUUAAUUGCAGUACAGAUGAAGUGCGUGCGUGAGUGUUUCGAGUACUGAUUAAGAGUAUUUCCUUUCAUCGGCACCACUUUUUUUUAUAACGCCAAUCAUUUUUGUACGUUUCAAUUUUUUUUUUUUUUUUGAAAUUUGCGCUUGUAUUUUCGUACACACUCUACAUUGUACGAGUUUGUUUGUGUUAAUUUUUUAUUUAUUCAUUUUGUUAAUAAAUCUAAUGUAAUAACUAUAAUACCUUACGAAUGUAUGUUUGUAAGAGGUGGCAGCACGAUUGUUUCCUCUUUUUGUUUUAUUCUUUUAGUUUCGUUAAUGUGCGCUAUUAUUAAUAUAGCUGUAAUGUUGUGUUCCCCUGCGUAUUUGUAAAAUUUGUUUUGUUUUUUUGUUUUUUUUUUUUUGUUUCUCCUUUCAAUUUUUUCCCGUUUUAGUGUUACAAUACUGUAUUUAAUAAAAUAUUUGUACAGAGAA